CCCUCGUGAGCAGAUUCGAGGCUGAGCUUCAGAAGGAAAAGAGGACACGAGGCUACCUGUUUCUGCCCGGAGAAUGGACUUUGGGAUGCCCCUGCCAGCCCCCUCGGCCCCACCCAGCUGCCCUUUACUCUGCCACCGCCGGCUCCCCAGGGGCCCGGGUCAGCCUGGGCCGUGCCACUUCCUGCGCCCGGCAGCCACGGCCCGGAGACCAUGGAGGCCUGGAGGCAGCUGGGGCAGGCCGGCCUGCUGCCCCCGAGGCUGGGCCCACCCCCCCGGGCCCUGCGGGGAGUCCCCCCCACCGGGAGGCCUGGCCAGGCCCUGGCGUCCCCAGGGACAGACACCAGAGGUGCCGGGGAGUGUCUGCUGUGGAUCUGGGGGGAGCUGGGGAAUCUCCGACGCCUGGAUGUCCAGCUGCUGGGCCAGCUGUGCGGCCUGGGGCUGGAGAUGGGGGCGCUGCGGGAGGAGCUGGCCGCCCUCCUGGAGGAGGAGGAGAGCAGCGAGGAAGAGGAGGGCGGAGAGCCCCGGGGGAGGCGGGAGGGAGGAGACCUGCGGGCCUCCUGCCCAGCCCCACUCCCACGGCUCCCCGACUUUGAGAUGACCAUCUGAGGCCCUGCAAGAAUGAGAUGCAAAUUUAUGCAAAGAAGAGGAGAGAUUUGCAGGUCACAUGUCGCAUCAGAUUUGGAAUCCACGUGUGUUCCUGGAUAAGGGGCUUUCUCUGAAGGUGUCCGGGAUGGCCCGGGAGCCACGGGCAAGGUUGCCGAUGACACGUGUGUUUCCCUGGCACCCUGGAUGUCCCUUGGCUUGUAGCUGCCUGCCUUCAGUCUCCACCUCCGCUGUCAUCUCGGCCUCUCCCUGGCGUCUCCGUGUCCAAAUCGCCGUCUCCUUUCUCUUAUAAGAACACCAGUCGUUGGAUUUAGGGCCCACCCGAAUCCCAUAUGACCGCAUUUUAACUUGAUUACAUCUGUAAAGACCCCAUUUCCACAUAAGGUCGCAUUCAGAGUUACCGGGGGUCAGGACUUCAGCAUAGCCUUUUGGGGAUACAUUUCAACCCUCAACACAGCCCCAGUGUCCAUCAACAAAAUAUCAUCUAUCCACUGAAUGGAAUAUUAUUCAGCUGUAAAAAGGAAUGAAGUCCUGCUACCUGCCCCAACAUGGGCAAACCUCAAAAAUGCUAUGCUAGGGGAAAUAGGCCAGAAACAGAAGGACACGUGUAGACUGAUUCCAUUUGUAUGCAAUAUCCAAGUAGAGAGACUCCUAAAGACGGAAAGCAGAUUGCUGCUGACAGGGCCUGCGGGGAGGGGAGAACGGGGAGUACAGGGUCUCCUUUGCAGGUGAUAAAAAUGUUUUGGCACCAGAUAGGGGUGUCGGUUGCACAAUACUUGGAAUAAACUAAAUGUGUAUAAUGCCACUUUAAAAUGAUUACUUUUAUGUUAUAUGAAUUUUA